AUGUCCAGGCGACGAAACCAAGACCCCCAGACGCCGAAUCCUCCGUCGACAAGCUUCCCGUUCUUACGCCUUCCGGUGGAACUGCGCGUGCAGAUAUACCAGUAUCUCAUCCCUGAUCUUCCCGUGCCGACGUGGUUUUCCAACUACCGUCGGUCUCCUCUCAGACGGGACGGCGCGCCAUGCUGCCCGGCGAUUCUUCGCACAUGCCGAACGAUAUACCGAGAGCUGGUAGCUGAGUGGUACGGUGCGGCUAUGUACAGCAUCUCGAUAGCCUACCAUGGCAUCUACUGUUUCAAUAGCAAAUUCCUGCCGUACUCUCGCUCACUACCGUCCGUGUUUCGCGAGAUCAAAUACCUCGACUUGUCCAUUGAACUCACGGGGUAUCUCCAUGUAUGCACUCCUCGUUCGUCGGACUAUGGGACUUCCACAUACUGUCCCCAAUUCACUUUCCAGGAUUGUCUUCAGGUCCUGGUGGACUGCUUUGCUCCUGGACGGGCAAAGCUGAAGCAACUACGCCUUCAUUUGUCGGCUGGCCUACCCUUUUUCUACUACAUCAAGCGUCACCCAGGUGAAGUCCUCCGGACUCUGGAGUGGAACCUUGCGCCUCUUCGGAAGAUUCAAGGUCUGUCCGAGGUAAGCAUUGACCUACACAUACCCAAGAUUGUCAGCCGUGUAGACUUCCGCAGUCAACCCCUCAUCCACAAAAUCGAGGCCGAGUUCCGGACUGUCGGCCGGGAACUUUUGGAUAUGGUGCAGCGGGAAAUGUCUGGUGAUCCAGUGGACACGCAUAUAGCUUUCAGGAAGCGUCACCCUGUGAACCCAACGGGGACGGUAUGCAAGUGGAACGCUACUCGCUAG